AUGAGUCUGCCAGCUAUGCCAAAUGUGGGGGUCAAGAUAUAUAUUGGCAAUUUGCCAGAUAGAGCAAGACCGGAAGAAAUAAAAGAGUGCUUCUCUAAAUUUGGCAACGUGGUUAACAUGGAACUCAAGGGAAAUUACGGAUUUAUUGAAUUUGAAGAACGUCGGAUGUGCGAUGAGGCAAUCAAUCAACUUCAUGGUUCCGAGUUUCAAGGCUCACAAUUACGUGUAGAAUAUGCACACGCCGAGAAAACUAGCGUCUAUAAAUACAGGGAAGGUAAAUCAGGCGACACAUGUUUUAAAUGCGGCCAAGUUGGACAUUGGGCACGCGAAUGUACUAGCACCGGACGUGAAGCAAAUACUCGCAAAUUCAAUAAUCGUUACGAUGAUCGUCGGAUCACCGAUAGUUUCGUGAGAGAACCUUACAAUCCAAGAGACGGACGAGAUAAAUAUGAUCGUGGUGAUGAAAGAUAUCUUCCUCCACCUCAAGAUCGUAGCUAUGAUCGUCCUCCGUAUGAUCGUUAUGCAAGAGAACCUGAACUGGAAUAUAGGAGAGAUUAUCGUGGCACAUAUGAUAGAGGUUAUGAAAGAGAGCGAGACAGACCUUACGAUCGAACUUAUCCUGAUCGUGAUUAUGAGCGUUACAAUCGAGAUCCAUACGACCGUGGUUACUAUCCUCCCUCAAGAGAAGGCUAUGAAAGAGAAGGUUAUGAGCGUAGACCUUUACCUCCUUCAGAUGUUACUCCUUAUCCUGCUAGAGGAAGGACCGGAUCACCACUACCACCACGUCGCACGAGUUAUGAACGUACAGGUAUAAGAGAACCGCCACUCCCACCAUACCGUGGCCGUUCUCCACCACCACCAUCUCGUUUUACCGAUAAUUUAGUCCCCCCUCCUCCUAUGAGACCGAUAUCUCCUCGUGUAGGUUUAUAUAGACGUCGGUCUAUGAGUCCAGUGAGAGGUAGUAGAGCUCCACCCCCAUAUACUGGGCGUCCGAGGUCACCUAGCCCCAUAGGUAGACCACUACCUCCAAGACGUGGUGGUGGCGCUGCUGGUCCUCCUAGAACUCCGUCCCCUGCUCGGCGUUAA